CCCUGCCGUGGCGGAAGAUUCUUCUGCGCUCAUUUGGUUACAAUACACACGCCGAGAUAAGCAGUCCAUGGUAGUUACUGCGUAGCUGCACUCUGCGUGGAAGGUGUACUAAAAAAAGAAUAAAGUGGCUUAGGAAAAAAAAGUCAAGCAAUGAACAACAACGUCAAGGAGUACAUAGAUGCCAAUGACAUACAGACUCGCGAUGACACCGAUCUUAUUGAAGAGUUUAGUGACGAACUUGCAAAAAUGACCGGCAAGUGCAUCGACAUCGGCUGCGGCCCUGCCUUGGUUGCGCGCAAUCUUCUCAUGCCCCGAAUGCCAGCCGAUGUUCACAUAGUUGGUGCUGACAUAUCCAAGGAAAUGGUCAAAUUCGCUAAGCAAACUCACAGUGAUGAGAAACGCCUAUCAUUUAUCGAAUUGGACGUAGAGGCGGAAAAAAUACCAAAAGAGCUGAUUUGUGCCUUUGACAACGCCGUUUCUUUCUACUGUCUACACUGGUGUCAAAAAAUGAACCAAGUAUUCGGCAAUAUUUAUAAACUACUGCGUCCAGGUGGAAGGACAUUGGUGCUGUUCUUAGCUUACCAUGAUGUCAUGGAAGUAUAUCUUAAAAUGUUUGACAUCCCUUGUUACAAACAAUACAUGACGGAUGUUGCAAAGUACAUCUUCUACUUCCAACAUAGGGAUAAUCCGGAAGCCGAAAUGAAGAAAAUACUAAAGGAAGCCGGUUUCAAGGUGCUACACUGCAGUUUACGCGAAAAGUUAUACGUUUUCAAAAGUUUGGAAAUAACAAAGAAACAUUUCAUGGCUAUCAAUCCGUUUGUUAAAAGGAUGCCAAAGGAAAUUGCAGAAAAUUUUGCAAAUGAUCUCAUGCGUGAAUUUGUAAAUGUUAAUAAAUAUUUCAACGAUAACAAAGAAUUAAUAGAGAACGGAAAAGUAUACGACCGGUAUCGCGUACUCGUGGCGUAUGUGGAAAAACCGAACAAAGAUUAGAAAUGAGCAUUUUUAUAAUAACGCUGAAAUUCAUGAAAUUUAUGUAUUGUGAUUUGAUCAAUAAUAUAGUAAACUGUAAUAUAAACUUUACACAGCUCAGCCAUAUCAUAUCAUACCAUAUAAUAAAUAUAAUAAAUGAAAAUUACGUUAUUGUAAAAAUUAAUUUUUGUACCUAAUUAGACGAUGAUAAAUGGAUACUACAAAAAUAUAAAUUUCGCUCUGUUUUUUUUUAUUAACGAAACAAAACAAGGAGAAAGCUUUAUUCCGUAACACAAA